AGGACUGCAGCAGUAGCCAGCAGAAGGUCAGUAUAGUGUAUCAGCUUCAGCUUGCAGCUCAAAUUUCCUCUCUUUUUAUUUCUCUUCAACAGUCUCAAAAUCUUUAGACCUUUUUUCCCAACAGAACCCCAAGAAACUCUCUCUCACAGAGGAUUGCAGAAGCCAGAAGAAAAAAAUAAAAAGAAGAGAUUUAAAGCUGCACUAACUGGAAAGCCACCCAACUAACGUCUCCCUUUCCAUGUUAAAACCUUUUCCUCUAUCUCGUGCUGCUAUAAUUUCAGAGAUCUUGAUAGACCCCACCCUUCUCAGUUCUCACUACCUCAUAUAUAUAAUAUAUAACACCCACAUAUCUCCUACAUCGUUUUGUUUCCUAUUUCGUAAAGAAGCCUGAGUUUUGAUUGUGUAUAUAUGUUUUAUGUUUGUAAAGAUUGAGUUUUUAGCAACCAAAGGAGAAAUCUAUAUUUAUGUAAUAAUUUUGUUACUAUCAUCGUCAUUGUGGCUACCACAAGAAGGCAACUACCGUCGGACUCUGGAGGAGCCUUUGCAGAUUGGGCGACUUCAUCGUCCACAGCAAUCCGAGCUGGCCCCGAUGACCUUUCCCUUGGCUUCAAUGCUAAUGCUGCCGCCGCCGCCGCUGUUCCCCCUGGAUCUACCAACACUCAAUGGCCACCCUCAGCUCGUCCAAUCAACUACGGGCUUCCCCCUGAAAUGGGGAUGGUUGGUCUCCGAGAUUUCGUCGUUGUUGCUCCUGCCUCGUUUAACCACCACCACCACCACCAUCAUCACCACCAUACUCAAGAUCCCAUCAUGUCAAAUGAUCAAAUCAGUGGUCCAAGUGCUUCCACCGCACUUGGUGUUGGCGUUGGCGUUUUCCCGCUUCUUACAGCAGCUCCAUGUUUAGCUCCACUGAAUGUGGAAGACCCUGAUUUGUUCAAUAACAAUGGUCGUACCAAGCUCAGCGGGAUGCAGUUAUGGCAGGAUCAAAAUUCUUCCCCUCACAAUUAUCUUAAGAAACCAUCCUCAUUCCCUGAUAGCAAUAAUUCGUCUUCUAUGAAUUUGAUACAAAGCAGUGGCGGGGGUGGGAUGGGAGAUAGAGAGAGUGGUGGUUCGGGAUCAAGUUCAGCGACCACGUGUCAAGAUUGCGGGAACCAAGCUAAGAAAGACUGUUCCCAUAGGAGAUGUAGAACAUGUUGUAAAAGCCGAGGUUUUGAUUGCCCUACUCACGUGAAGAGCACGUGGGUACCCGCUGCUAGGAGACGAGAACGUCAGCUCAUGGCGGCUGCAGUCACCACUGCUGGUGCUGGCUCGUCUGGGUCGACUUCCGGAGCUAAGAAACCGAGACUAAUAACUUCGCAGAACACAACUACUUCUCAUACAUCAACUUCAAACACUACUCCUAGAAGCUUUGACACCAGCUCAAGUAACCAAGACGCAGGUUUUAAAGAGACACUGCCGGGGCAAGUACGUGCACCGGCGGUAUUCAAGUGCGUAAGAGUGACAGCGGUGGAGGACGGUGACGAUGAGUUUGCAUAUCAAGCAAUCGUUAAGAUUGGUGGACAUGUGUUCAAAGGGUUUCUUUAUGAUCAAGGAGUCGAAGGAAGAGAUGGAUUCCCUAAUAUAUCUGAAUUGCAUUUAGGUGGUGGCCCAGGCAGCGGUGGCAAUGGUGGUGGUGGGAGAAAUGGCGGAUCAUCGUCUUCUCCGGUUCUUGAUCCUUCUGAAGUUUAUGCAGCCACCGGAGGUUGCUUGCUUGGUUCAAGUUAUGGUAAUCCAAUAAAUUAAUAUCACAGUGUAUUGAUCAACUUAUCAGUGUAGCCUAAUUCUUCUUUUGUAGACCUGUAUCCUUAUUAAACAUAUGCUUUUUUUCUUCA